GGAUUGAUGUCUGUGCAUAACUGUAUGAGUUUAUUUUUAGAGGUCUUUAAAUUAUUAUGUAUGUAAAGGAAAAUAUUGGUGAUAGCGAUUCCUAACUGGAUCCAUAUUUGUUCGAAACAAUGGUGAUAAUUUCCAAGUUACGUGUCAAUCCAAUCCAGGCUUAUGUUUAGACAGCAUUAUUUCAGGCCCAAGUGUUUUGGCGUCGUUCAAUCAUGGCGGUAUGGAAGGUCUAUUGAACUGAGGUGGAUCCUCAGUAAAGAAAAACAUAUAUCUGUCAUGUUUUGGCGGGUGCAACUGAUUUUGGAUUAAUAUGUAGCGAAUCGUUUGAUCCUGUAAUUCAGGACUGUCAUAACGACGUUGUACUUGUCUCAACACUACAUGAGCCACCUGCAACUGGACACCGACAUUUAUGGUAACAUUUUCUAAAGACUCGAAGAUACGACAAAAGCGUUGCCAAUUGAUGAUUCAGCAGGUGAAACCGCGUCUGACCGGCACCAUGCCUGUGGUGUGGCCCACCCUCCUUGACCUGGGCAGGGAUGAGUGUAAGAGAAUCCUCCGUAAACUUGAGCUGGAGGCGUACGCCGGAGUAAUCAGUGCUUUGCGAGCCCAAGGUGACCUCACCAAGGACAAGAAGGACCUCCUCGGAGAACUCACUAAAGUCCUCAGCAUUUCAACAGAGCGUCAUCGCGCCGAGGUCCGUAGGGCCGUCAAUGAUGAGCGCCUUACCACCAUUGCCUAUCACAUGUCGGGUCCCAACAGCUCCUCAGAGUGGUCAAUCGAGGGACGUCGGCUGGUCCCCUUGAUGCCCAGACUGGUCCCCCAGACGGCGUUCACCGUGACUGCCAACGCAGUGGCCAGCGCCACAGCCAAUCAGAAUGCUUCUCUCUUGCUGCCUGCGGAAACAGGAAAUAAAGAAGUGGUUGUUUGCUACUCCUACACAACCACCACGUCCACCCCCACCAGUGCCACGGCGCCCAGCGGCAGUGCGACAGCCACGGUGAAAUCCCCCCGUCCGGCCAGCCCUGCCUCCAACGUGGUGGUGCUGCCCAGCGGGAGCACUGUCUAUGUGAAAAGCGUUAGCUGCUCUGACGAGGACGAGAAGCCACGCAAGCGGAGGCGGACCAACUCCUCGAGCUCCUCCCCCGUGGUGCUGAAGGAGCUGGCCAAGGUUUCCCCUCCCUUGUCCAAGACCAUCACCGUGCCAGUAAGCGGCAGCCCCAAGAUGAGCAACAUCAUGCAGAGCAUCGCCAACUCGCUGCCACCGCACAUGUCCCCCGUCAAGAUCACCUUCACCAAGCCCACCACCCAGACCACCAACACCACCACGCAGAAGGUAAUCAUUGUGACGACCUCUCCAAGCUCCAACUUCGUUCCCAACAUCCUGUCCAAGUCUCAUUCCCACAACUACGCGGCGGCCAUGUCAAAGCUGGUUUCCACCUCCAUGCUGACCUCGGCCAGCCAGAAACAGACGGUGUUCAUCCCGGCCAGCUCAAGUCCCUCCUUGGCCCCCAACACGAUCGCUGUGACCACCGUGGUCUCCUCCAGCCCGUCUGUGCUCAUGUCGACCAUAGCGCAGAGUGGCUCAUCGGCAGGCGUGAAGGUGGCCUCUGCCAGGCUCCCCUCUCCUAAGACCAUGGUGGGCUCUCCCACCCAGAUUCUGUCCCAGUUCACCAAGCAGCACCCGCAGUCCCCCAAGCAGCUGCAGCAGGGCUCACCCAUGGGGGCUGGCGCCAUGGGCCAGGCCUCCAACACUCCCCCCAGCUCCAAGCCCAUCAUCCAGAUCAAGCAGGAGUCAGGUGUGAAAAUCAUCACCCAGCAGAUGCAGCCCAGUAAGAUCCUGCCCAAGCCCUCCACUGCAGGCAUGCCCAGCAGCAGCUCCUCCCCCAUCAUGGUCGUCAGUAGCAACGGGGCCAUCAUGACCACCAAGCUGGUGUCCCAGCCCACAGGCACCCAGGCCACUUACUCAAGGCCUGCCAUGAGCUCCACUAUUGGAGCCAGGAUGGCGACGUCGGCCAGUGGUGCCACCUAUGUCAAGACCACCAGUGGCAGUAUCAUCACGGUGGUCCCGAAGUCUCUAGCCACACUGGGCGGCAAGAUCAUCAGCAGCAACAUAGUGUCUGGUACAACAACUAAGAUCACCACCAUUCCCAUGACAUCCAAGCCCAAUGUUAUCGUGGUGCAGAAGACUACUGGCAAAGGAACGACCAUCCAGGGUCUGCCUGGCAAGAAUGUGGUCACCACAUUAUUGAACGCAGGGGGGGAGAAGACCCUACAGGGUGUUCCGGGGUCCAAGCCAGCCAUCAUCACAGCCUCCAGACCCAUCACCAAGAUGAUUGUGACACAGCCCAAAGGCAUGGGUUCCGGGGUGCAGCCCACCACCACCACCAAGAUAGUGUACGGCCAGCAGGGCAAGACCCAGGUGCUGAUCAAGCCCAAGCCCAUCUUCCAAACAGCGGUUGUGAGCGAGCAGACCAGGCAGCUGGUGAGCGAGACCCUGCAGCAGGUGUCCCGGGUGGCCGAUGCGGGUCCUGCUUACGCACAAGAGAGGGCACUCAAGGAUGAGUCGGGUGCCAUCGCUGAGGACAGGUCCCCGCCUGCCGAGGGCUCCCACGGAAGCGGUCACGACUCCCAGUCCGUAGUGCACAUAAUCUCCUCCAGGGGGCAGGAUUGGGCUGAGCAGCAUGAGGUGUCGGUGGAGUCCAGCCCAACCAUCAUCUACCAGGAUGUGUCUACGGGUGACGUGUCCCAGUCGGCCACCUCGACCAUCAAGGCCCUGCUGGAACUGCAGCAGACCACAGUGAAGGAGAAAGGCGAGGCCAAGCCCAGGCAGCAAACCAUAGACCUGAGCCAGAUGGCUGUUCCCCUUCAGAUGGCCCAGGAGAAGAAGCAGCAGGCCCUAGGCUCCCCCGAGAUGUCCACUGUAGAGACUGAACCACCCAUUAAAUAUAUCACUGCCGCCAGCAGGGCCGGACCAUCCUCUGGAGGCUUGGGGGACGUGGUCAUGUCCGCUAGCCAGCAGCAGGGGGCGCCCUCGCAAAACACCAGUCCCACCCCCGUGGUGGUUAAUUCCAUCCCUACCUCCUCUACAGUCACCGUCACACGCAUUGUCCAACUGGCUUCGGCGGACCAGCUGAUCCACAGUAAGCAGGCGGAGGAAACUGGGAUGGAGGAGGGCGAACUGGAGGGGGACACCCUGGACCCCCAGACGGGCCUGUUCUACCGCUCCAUCCAACCCGCUGCAGCCCAGCCCCCCGCCCCCCAGCCCCACACACACCCCGCCCCCCAGCCCCACACACACCCCCACCACCAAAGCCAGUCACACCUGGCGCCCCAGUUGGAGCAGGGCAGACAUAUACCCCACACCACCCAAACCCCACCCCCACAGCUACACAGCAAGCCCCAGAUGAGCCUGCCUUCCACCGCCACCGUGGCGAAGAAGCCACCCCAGCUCCAAGAGCAGUACCAGCCCAAGCCUCACGCUCCAGGGCAGAGCCUGAAGGAGAGGCCCUCCUCUGCCUCGGGAUCCCCCCAGCUGGCAAGCCUGGGCACCCCCACCAAGCCUCCCUCACUCACCCCCCAGCUCCCCAAGUUGCAGCAGGCGCCCACCUCCCACCACAGGCCCAUCCACACACAGCUGUCCCAGCCGCCGCCAUUACAGGCCCACCACCCGGUGGGUGCAGACAAGACUCCUGCCACAAGCCAGGUGCCAAUCAUCACCCAGGGCGCCAGCGUCACCAAGAUCACCUUCGGCAGUAGCAGCAGCCACCAGUCCCCUCCCGUAUCCAGCAGCGGUGAGGCCACUGCCAAGCUGGUCCCUGCCGAGCCCAGCAGCUCAAGCUCGUCCGGUGGCGAGAAGCCCUCUGUCUCGGACAUCCUUAAGAUCUCCAUGAUGGAGGCGGAGAUCGACCCCAGCGCCGAGCCCAUGGUGGUGGACUCGUCCAGUGACUGCAGCCCCUACAUAAAGGCCCUGGGCUUGGGGGCAGGGGGAGGCUCAGGGGCGCUUGGGGGCUCAGGCCCGGUCAUAAGCAGCUCAGGGGCCUCCCUUCAUCACUCAUCCCACUCCAAGCCCCUGCAUGACCAGUUUAGCCACAUCCAGGGCCUAGCAGCCAAGAGCAAAGAGAACAUGGACGUCAUUGAGGUGAUCCCUCAGUACUCCAUCAUGCCAGACUCCAGUCAAUCCAACGUGGUGAUGGAGCCCAGCGGCUUCCUGGAGAUCACAGACUACACCAGCCAGCGGCUGGACGAGGAGAGCGUCAUGGAGCAGGAGGUGGACAGCAGCAACGACGAGGCCACCGUUGUCAGCCCCAUGGAGGAGGGCUGCCCCGACCAGUCCCAGUGACACCAUCACUUGUGACGGGAAUGACGUUGUGGCUUUGGUGUGAAGGGGAUGAUCUUGGUGUGACAGGGAAGAUUUGGAAAUGAUCAUGACUGUGUCAUCGUGGUUACCUCCUGAUGCAGCUGGAACUCUAAGGACUAGACAGCAAGCGGACACAAAUGUGUGAUAACUGCGUAAGGACUUUUCUGUUUUUUUAUUUUUUAUUUAAUUGGGCAGCAACUUCAUAAAUAUGCCUGGAUGAUGUCCGAUAAGGCUUUGUGAAGAACUUAAAGGCCUGGAAAGGAAAAAAGAUAUACAUUUUUUUAAAGAGUCAAGAGGAGACCUAAGUUAACCCUAGCUAAGCUGAACGGCUGCCUUGUGUACAGGUGAAGUUGACCAGGAAUUGCAUCCAGGGGAAAAAGGACAAUGGUUUUCGAUAAUUUCAAAGUGGACAUUUUGUAUUCACUGAAUUGGCAUUUUAGUAAAGCAAUGCUGUGUUCAGGAGCUUAAAAAGUUGAUGUGGCUCUUCUGGUCAUUUAUUUAAUAUUUUAUUUAACACUUAUAGCAAGGCAAUAUUGAAAACUGGAAAUAGGACCUAGCCUGAAACAUGACCACAUUUUAAGAACUUCAUCUACUUAACUCAACAAAAUAAGUAGAGGAGAUUGGACUGACCUUGCUGUAAUUAUGCUGAUUCAUCGUGCUUGCAUAGCAGUAUUUGUUGAACACCAUUUUUGAUUUGCAAAGCCUUUUGUUGUUUUUCAAGGUACAUUUUAAUACAUGACAUAAUUGUACACAUACAGUUUGUUUAUAGUGGGCACGUGCAUGCUAAAUAACACAAAUGUAAAUGAUAAAGUGCUUGUAGUAAGCCUUGAGGAAUUAGCACUUUGUAGUUGAUACUGUUGGUAAGAACAUUGUUGGAAGAAAAAAAAAACAUUUCACCCAUGUUCCUUCAAUGGUGUUUCUGUUUUGUGUUCUCUUUUCGUGUAACGUUUAGAAUUUUAACUCGAUAAACUUUUAUACAAAAACGGAA